ACCCUUUAAACCGUUCAGAGAGAAAAUGGUCUCUUCCUCUUAGCCGUCGUCAUCUUCCUCGGGACCAUACAGGUCAUUUAGUGAUGGUGAUGAUGUCCACGAAGAAAAGUCUUGGAACUUAUGUUGAAACUUCCUUCACUCCCUUUAUUUAUAUAAGAUGGACUUGAGACAACUUUGUGUUCAUCAGACAAAAAUGGCCUCUUCCUCUUUAACUCCAGUAAUGAAAGAAGACGUCGUCGAAUUUAAAACCUGGGCGGAGCUUCCGUCUGACUUAACCUCAUCGAUCCUACGCAGGCUCUGUGCAGUUGACAUAUUGGACAACGCUCAGAAAGUGUGUACAACAUGGCGUCGCAUCUGUAAAGACCGUGCCAUGUGGCGGAAGAUUGACAUGGGUAGUAGCCUAGGACACUUGGCGUGCGACAUGAAAUAUGUGACAAUGUGCCGCCACGCGGUGGAUCGUAGCCAGGGAGGACUAGUUGAGAUUGACAUUUGGUUUAUCGGUACUGAUUCUCUCCUCAACUACAUCGCCGAUAGUUCAAGUAACCUGAAAAGCCUUCGACUUGGAGAGUGCGAUCUACUUACAAACGAGGGAUUUACAGAAGCACUUGUGAAGCUUCCAUUGCUUGAAGAACUCGAAGUAUCAUACUGCUCUCUCUCAAUAGAGUCUCUGAAAGUUGUAGGCCAGUCUUGUCCUAAACUGAAGACUCUAAAGUUAAAUCGGCGGUGUUACAGGCGUCCUCGGUACGUGUGUGAAGAAGAUGCUCUAGCAAUCGCUGAAACAAUGCCCGGACUUGUCGACCUCCAGCUUUUUGGAAACAUGUUAUCAGACAUUGGUUUAAACGCCAUUCUUGAUAAUUGUCCUAACCUGGAACAUCUUGAUUUACGUCACUGUCUCAACGUUAACUUUGCCGGAGAUCUGGAGAAGCGAUGUUCGGAGAGGAUUAAAGUUCUUAGACGUCCUAAUGACUCGACUCAUGAUUACCCUUAUGCUGGGUAUUAUUACGAGAUUGAUUCAUCUGAAGAUUAUUACCCUGAAGUUGAUUACCCUGAAGAUGAUGACUAUUAUCCUUAUGGCUUGACGCCAUAUGAUAACUAUGACCAUGAUGCCGCAGUUUACCAUGACCAUUCUUCUAACUACGAUCCGCGGUAUAAUAGUGACGAUAGCGAGCACCUUUAUGAUAUAUUCGGUUACAUGCAACUAUAG